GAUGGCCUCCUCCUCCUCCUCCGGCCGGGGCCUCCCCCUACGAGGAGCCCUCCGUCCACCCCCGUCGCCUCUGCUGCCCAUCCUGCUCUGCCUCGGAUUUCUGAGUUUUGCCUGUGAGGCGUGCAAAACAGUGACCCUCCAUGUUCCUUCUAAACUAGAAGCUGAGCAAUUUGUUGGCAGAGUCAAUCUGGAAGAGUGCCUCAAGACCGCCAACCUCAUCCACUCAGUUGAUCCUGACUUUAGAGUUCUCAAGGAUGGCUCAGUGUACACAACAAAUGCCGUCGUGUUGUCGUCUGAGGAAAAGACCUUUACCAUUGAACUCACGGACACUCAGAAACUAGACCAAAAGAAGAUAGUUGUUCUUUUGGCACAUCAGAUACAGACUCUGAAGAAGAGACACACCAAAGAAAAAGCCCUCAAAAGGGCCAAAAGAAGAUGGGCUCCUAUUCCUUGUUCUAUCACGGAGAACUCCCUAGGCCCUUUCCCUAUGUUUCUUCAGCAGGUCCAGUCUGAUACCCAGCAGAACUACACCAUCUUCUACUCAAUAAGUGGACCAGGGGUGGAUAGAGAGCCUAUUAAUUUGUUUCACGUAGAGAGAGACACUGGAAAUUUGUACUGUAAUCGCCCUGUGGAUCGUGAGCAGUAUGAAUGCUUUGAGUUAACUGCCUAUGCCACAACUUCAGACGGAUAUUCUCCAGAGUUGCCGUUGCCCCUUCUGAUCAAGGUUGAGGAUGAAAACGACAACACCCCAAUUUUCACACAACUCAUAUAUACUUUUAAUGUUACGGAACAUUCCAGACCUGGUACCUCAUUGGGACAGGUCUGUGCUACAGAUGCGGAUGAACCUGAUACUUUACACACACGCCUGAAGUACCAGAUUUUAGAACAGUAUCCUUCCUCACCCAGGCUAUUUUCUAUCAACACAAAGACCGGAGUAAUCACAACUGUAUCAUCUCAGCUGGAUCGUGAGAGGCUAGACAAAUACACAAUGGUAUUGAAAGUGCAAGAUAUGGAUGGCCAACAUUUUGGUCGGUGGAGCACGGCAACUUGUGUUGUUUCUAUUUGCGACGUGAAUGACAAUCCACCAAUUUUCACCAGAUCAUCUUAUACUGCCUCAGUAGAGGAAAAUACAGUCAAUGUGGAAAUUUUGAGAAUGGCUGUUGAGGAUAAAGACUUAAUUAACACUGCCAAUUGGAGGGCUAAUUACACCAUCGUAAAGGGAAAUGAAAAUGGAAAUUUCAGAAUUGUGACAGAUCCAAAAACCAAUGAAGGCGUUCUGGGUGUUGUUAAGUCACUGAACUACGAAGAAAACCGCCAGCUAACCCUGCAAGUUGGUGCCUGCAAUGAAGCACCGUUUUUCAGAGAUGGCAUCUCUAGAACAAUAUCUAUGACCACUGCUGUGGUGACCGUCAAUGUCCUAAAUCAGGAUGAAGGACCCGAAUGCGUGCCUGCGGUGCAGUUUACUCGAGUAAGAGAAAAUGUGCCAGUGGGAACUCGAAUCAAUGGGUAUGCCGCUAAGGACCCGGAAAGCAGAACCAGCACUGGUAUAAGGUAUCGAGGAUUAAGUGACCCUAAACAGUGGUUCACGGUUGAUGAAAACACAGGCUCAAUCACCACUACCAGAUCCCUGGACAGAGAAGCACAGGGAAUCGUAAACAGUCUGUACAAUAUUACAGUUCUUUCUACAGACCAAAGUGGCAGAAGCUGCACGGGAACUUUGGCAGUCAUCCUGGAAGAUGAGAAUGACAACCCCCCUUUUAUCUCGACAACUUAUGUCACUAUCUGCAAAACAAGCUUGGGAUCUGCUGAGAUUGGGGCUACUGACCCCGACGAACCAAACAACGGUCCUCCUUUCGAAUUCACUCUGGGGAGUGGAUCAGAUACCCAGAAUAUGUGGUCUCUAACAAGAAUUAAUGACACGGCUGUCCGUCUCAGACAUCGGAACGACCCUCCAUUCGGACAGUACAACGUGCCCAUAGUCGUCAGGGACAGACUCGGGCAGGCGUCAAUCCAGACCAUCAGAGUUAAUCUGUGUAACUGUGUGACUGCGGCAGAAUGUACAGAUCGGGGUUCCAGCACAGGGAGCGGUGUAGUUGCAAGACUCGGAAAAUGGGCCAUCCUUGCCAUGGUCCUGGGAGCAGCCCUGUUAGGCUGCAUCCUGUUCACAUUAAUCUGUGGGGCCACUGGCUCAAAAAAAGAUGUCAAAACUUUCCCUGAUGACUUAGCUCAGCAGAAUUUGAUCAUAUCCAAUACCGAAGCUCCUGGAGAUGACAGAGUGUGUUCUACAAACGGAUUUACCACCCAAACCACGAACACCUGUGGACACGUCUGUGGGGGUACCCUGGGACCAGCUGUGAAGAAUGGGGGCCAAGAGUGCUUUGAGAUGGUGAAAGGAGGUCACCAGACCCUGGAUUCAUGCCGGGGGGGUCACCAGACCCUGGAUUCGUGCCGGGGAGGGCACCAGACCCUGGAUUCGUGCCGGGGUGGUCAUCAAACCUUGGAUUCAUGCCGGGGAGGACAGGUUGAGAUGGACAACUGCAGAUACACUUACUCGGAGUGGCAGAGUUACACACAGCCGCGAUUGGGUGAAAAGGUGAAUCUGUGUAAUCAGGACGAGGAACAUAAGCAUGCUCAAGACUACGUCCUUUCAUAUAACUAUGAAGGAAAAGGAUCUGCCGCUGGUUCUGUAGGCUGUUGCAGUGAUCAUCCGGAAGAGGAGGGGCUUGACUUUUUAGACCAUCUGGAACCCAAAUUUAGGACACUAGCAGAAGCAUGCAUAAAGAGAUAACCAUGACCAUGGUGGUGCUAAAACUGUAAAUGGCUUUGUCAGAUUUUUUUGGAGGUUUCUAAGCUGGGGGGGACUCUUUAUAAGCUGGAGCAUGGUCUGUUCUUUCGUCUUUUUUGUGAGGGGGUGGUUUUGUGGAAAGCACGCAUUAACACGGGAGCAAUAAGUGUGGUUUAUCAGCCUACUCUUCCCUGGAAUGCCUCAAGUAGGGAAGUGAACAAUGAUCUAUCUUCCACUACUCAUCUAGAAAAAAGUAUUUGCCCUGGGUGAGUGGUUGUGUCUAAGGCUGCAUUAGGGGGAUUAUGACCCUAAACAAUAUUGCACUGAAACUACAUUUUGCCUUUUGGCCAACUUUGCCUUUGAAAUGUAGGCUUCCAAAGCACAUGUUUAGAAAAUACUUCUCUUUUGUACUUGGUGGUUUUCCUAUAAAUAUCCUUACAUGCCAAGCGCUGUCCAAUUUUACUGAAACUAUUCGGUCCAAAUGGCAUCUACUGUUUCACCACAAAAGGCUGAAUUCUGAAGAAAAAGGAAAUUAUUUUUUUAUUUGAAUUUUGUUUUUCUGUUUUACGAAAAAGUAUUUGUCACGGUUUGUGGAAAUUAAUGUAAUUAUGCAAUUGUGCUUCUUAUGCCUUGGUGGCUGUUUUGUUAUAUGAGUUGGGAAUUAAGAGCCUUUAAUUUUGCUAUGAAAAUUACAGAAAUAAAGUUACUCAACGCUUUCAUUAGAGUUAGCUUUAUAUAUUGGUAAAAAAAUCACAUUAUAAAAAAGGAGUUGGGGUUGGGGAACAAAACCCAAGAUGUGUAUAUAGAUAUAUAUAUGUAGUAGAGAAUAUCAUUUUCUUAGUUUUUAUCUCUUCUAUCUCGAUAUUGGCUUCCAAACACACCAGAUUCAAAGACGCCAUUUAUAAAUAUUCCAUUUAAAAAGAACUAGGAAUUAAACUUAGAUGUCGAGUUGAUGAGAUCUUUUGAAUUCAGAUUCUAUUGUUUCUGUUGUGUUUGUUUGCCCUCUGCUAAAGGGAAAGUUGUGUUUCUGAUGGGUUAGUUUAAGAAAUGUAGAGAUUUGUCCAGUUUUCCAAUUAGAAGAAAAGUUUAGGGUUGGCUGUGGAUGUAGGCGCUUGUCCCGCAGUGCAAAAUCCUGACUGGGCAUGAAAGCAAAUCCUUGGAUUGGAUGAGGGACUUGAAUUUAUUUUCCCAUCACUUUGUGCUCCAGUUAAUAAAUGGUUGUGUCAUGCUUGCAUUCGUCAGUUCAUCCAAAAAUUUUCUUCUCUAGGCACUCCCCAUUCUGACCAUUUUAAAGAAUAUCAUCCCUGUCACUGGAAAAAGAUACUUGUGCCUGUCCUGUGCUGAGGGAAGAAUAAGCAAUAAAUCAGUUGAAUAAGAGCAAACAGCCCUAAAGCAUUUUCUGAAUGGAGUAUCUUUAUUUUCUCCUUUUGGGGCUUUGCUCAGGUACAAUUAACGGUUAUUUAGUUUUCAUUUCUUGUAAAUGUUAGUACUGUAGACUAUGUAAUGACCAUAUGUUCAGGUGUAUGUAAUGUAAUUAGCCUUCCAUAUCUUAAUGUGGGGGAACUAUUUGUCUCCUGUCUGUUUCAGGGAAAGUUGCAACAGAGAACAGAACAAAAAACAAAUGUUAAAAACCUCACAUAGUUUUGUCUUUUUUUGGAAACUAAUUGUUUGAAAACAAAAUACUUCCAUAUACUUAGAGAAGCUAUAUAUUUUUCUUUCACUAGAUUUAACAGCGUUUAUAGUUUCCUGCCUCUGAUCUAUAUUCAUAUUAUUUUCAAGAGCAUUUGAUUGUAAGCUCCUUGAGGGUGGAAACUGUAUUUUCUACUUAUGCUCUAUGUUCCCAGACACCUUCUAAAGUGCUCUGCACAGAGUACGUACUCAAUCAAUUGGAAGUCUGUUCAAGUCAAAACCAGAAUAUGGGCAAUAAUUUCUGCUUAAUCUACCCAAAUUAUAGACUGAAGUCAUGCAUUCCACCUUCCAUUGUAAAAACCAGAGUAAUAACCUUUAUUGAGUAGAAUCUUUCAGUAGGAGACAAUCUAUUAUCUAUGUAAAAUAUUCUUCAAUUCUUUUACUGGUUCAAUGUGCACUGAAUACAGUAUCAUCCUUGUGGUCACAGACCUAUGUAAUAUUCAAAAUAUUCUGAAUGUGGAUUUAGUCAAAGUAAAUACAAAAUGUUUAUGGCACUAGUAUUAAUAAAAAUGCCCAAAUGCC